AUGAAUCAGAGCCAUAAUGCUACAGGUCACAAUGGAAUAGGGACCGACGAUGGGUUUGAAUCACCCAUCGGAAUGAUGAAUGCACUGAAAACUGGGAACCCUCAGGCAGACAUGGCAAUCGCCAUGUUCCUGCCGUUUUUGUUUCGGCUUGUGUUUUCUUCUUUUGGUUCAGUCGAUAAGCUUCAACAAUGGACAAUUUGGAGAAAGCUCAUGUUCUGGAAGAAAACAGAAAAGAUGGACAAGCGUUUCAUCAUCCACCGAACUUCCCGCUAUAGUUGGGGUGAGUCCUUUGAUGUGGAUGAAAACACAAAGAAUUCUCUUCUCCAAAAAGCAAUCAAGAUGUACAUUCACCAAGUACUGAAUGUCAAGAUGGUCCGUGCUCACAUGGACUUGACCCAGUUGGAAACGAGCAGUGCCUCCAACGACGAUUACUGCUGUUACUAUUCAGAUGACGAAGAGGACAAGGAUGAAGGUCUUGAUGACGACGAUGAUGGUGAACAUGGCUCAAAGCGAACUAUUGCAGGCAUGUUAGCCCGCUACAAGGUCCUGAAUAACCUCCCACAACAGGAAUGGCACGAAUUGGGGACUUUUGGAAAUCCUGCUGGUGUUGUAAAGCUUCUUAUCAGUAUCGGCAAGGGUUUGACAGAAGAAGGGAGCACCUUUGUGUAUGACGAGACAUACUUCCAGCUCACAUCUCCAGUGAAAGGUGCGAUUGAUUCCUUCGUUGAAACUGCCUACUCAUGGUACCUCGAUGAGCUGCGCAAACAAGAGACCAAUGCUCGUCACUUUUACGAAAUGCAAAACCCGGAAUCCAACAAGCAAAAGUCGGAACGCGGCAGCAAGUCGCGAUGCACCAAGUUCAAGCGCUACAAGUUGUCCGAAGAAAAGUCUUUUGACAGUCUCUUUUUCCAAGAGAAAAAAAGACUUCUUGGUUUGCUUGAUCAUUUUGUCAAUAAAACAGGGAAGUAUGCAAUCCCAGGAUAUCCUCAAAAGCUUGGUCUACUUCUUCACGGGCCUCCUGGUACAGGAAAGACAAGUUUGAUAAAGGCACUGGCUCAGCAUACUGGACGAUCCAUUGUCAAUGUCCCACUUUCCAAAGUUUCCACUAACAGCGAGCUCAUGUCGAUCUUUUUCGAUAGAUCCUAUGGUAUCCAAGGAUCUUCCGUUUCCAUCAAAUUGGGCUUCAAUGACGUCAUUUUCGUCAUGGAAGAUGUGGAUGCCACAACCAGUAUCGUCAAGCGCCGCGAUGGUCGAAGGAGUGGUGCAACGGACGACAGUACUGUUGUGAGGUUGCCUAUCCCCAAAUCACUCUGGCGCAUGUUCUUGGAAAGCUCCUCCGAGGAUUGCAAGUCACUCACAAAGCUACUAAUAUCCAAAUCAGAGAAACUGAAAGAGGAUGCAGAAUUCCAGCGUCCCGAAAUCCUUCGAUCGGUAAACCAACGUUUGGCAGAUCUGCCGGCUCUUGGAUUGGUGGAUGAAACUAGAGACGAUACCGCCAAGGAGCUUUGUAGCAUCGCCCUGGAAGUUGCAACCAAAUCCCAAGCUCGUUUCAAAAAGUUAGACGACAUUCUGGCUUUUCACGCCAAGUCGAUCAAGAGUAAGAUCGAGACUGGCAUUGAAGUUGACGAUCAAUUUGCGGAAGAAUUGCUUGAAGAGAUGGAUUCGGUAAAACUUGCAUCAUCUCUAUCUUCCGCUUCAACUCAUGAUGGUCGGCCUGACAAGACUGGCAAGAGUUCCAGCAAGAGCUCCCUCCUAUCCUCCUUUUUGAAACCCAACCCAGAUGCUUUGUCCUUGUCCGGGCUGUUGAAUGUCCUCGACGGUGUUGUUGAUACUCCUGGUCGCAUCGUGAUCAUGACUACAAACCACCCAGAGAUAUUGGAUCCUGCUCUGAUUCGUCCAGGCCGUGUCGAUAAGAAGCUCUUCUUGGGACACAUGAGUGGCGAUGAUAUUAUCGCCAUGAUGGAACACUACUUUCAAGAAACUCUGACCAAGUCUCAGGCGGCUUUGGUCCGUGUGGCCGUCCACGGUCCCUCAAUAGCAACUCCUCCAGUCCUCAAGCUCACCCCUGCUCAAGUGGAACAGCUCGCCGCUGAGCAUGAUGUCUUGGAUGAUAUGAUUGCUGACAUUUGUAAAAAGACUCCUGUGAAUUUCAACAGCAAAAUUUUGUGA